UACAAAGCAAUACAGUCAGUAUAAAUCCACUAGAAGUCCCACUAAUAUGAUAAUGCAUAACAUUUAUCACCAGACAUAAAUGUUUUCAUAAAUGUUUCACUAUGGACAGUAAGGUUGUUAGAACACGGAAUAUUGAUUUUUUUUUAAUGUCUGGCAUGGAGUAAGGCAUCCAGCAGAUGGCACCAUUUCGCUGCUAAAGAGACCACCAUCAUCAACAUCAUCCACAUCAUCCUCAUCAUCACUGUGAACAUAAAACGUGCCAAACGAGUGCAAGCAUGAACACUUCAAGUUUCAGAACCGCUCAAGUCGAUCCAGAUGACGCAACUGUGACUGUGGCUCUGAUCCAGAUCCAGAUCCAGAUCCAGAACCGCUGUGUUGGCUCCACUCAGUGGCCUCUGCUGGGCAUUUAAUGCACGAAGAGAGAGAGAGAGAGAGAGAGAGAGAAAAGAAAAGGGUCCUCCCUCCACACAACUGUGUUGUUAUUGACCGGAGGAGGGAAAAGACUCGGGUCGAUAAGUGGAUCAGAUUUAUGAGCGAUCCAGAUUGGCUCAAGUACGGUGCGCCAAAUGCGCGAGGAGCCACAAUCCGCGGGAGUGCGGAACGCGCGUUGCAUCUAGGUCGAGAGGAGCCCCCCCCAGGCAAGACAGCGUGUUCUACAAGUGCCGCACUGUAUUCAAGUGGAAGGGAAAGCAGAAAGCAGCAGAAUGGACCUGGUCAAAAUCGCACUGUCCCUCCAUAUUCUUGUGUGUCCUGUGCGGGCCUUAACCCGUCACCCUUACAUGGACAUCCUCUCAGCCCAGUCAGCCCUCAGGUUGCUGGAUGAGCCGAUGACGUUUGACCCCUGUUGUCUCAUGUCACCUCCUCCGCCGCCGCUCUUCCCGCCGCCGCCUCAGCUGUGGAAGCGAGGCAGCCCCGAUGAUAUCGGAAUGUCGAAACCAAGUGCGUCUGGAGGAGAGGAGCAGCAGAGAGAGAAGCCUGUCACGCCCAGGUGUUCACCUGGACCUCCGGGACCUCCAGGACCACAGGGCCCGGAUGGUCAUGACGGAUUACCCGGCAUAAGAGGACCAAAGGGGGAGAAGGGAGAAAUUGGACGCCCAGGGUCAAAGGGUCGUACGGGAGCUCCAGGUCUCCCAGGGAAACAAGGACUACCAGGAUGGCCUGGUGCAGAUGGAUCUAAGGGUGAAAAAGGGGAUCCAGGACUCAUGGGAUUACCAGGACUGAGGGGACCACCAGGGAUAAAGGGUUUAGCUGGUUACAAAGGAGAGAAGGGGACUCACGGUGACCCGGGGACAACGGGACCGAAAGGCGACAAGGGUUCCAUUGGUUUGCCUGGAAUGCUUGGCCAAAAGGGUGAGCAGGGACCAAAGGGAGAGCCAGGAGUCUCAGGGAAGAGGGGACCAACUGGGCGGCCUGGGAAGAGAGGCAAACAGGGUAUUAAGGGGCAUUCAGGAGGCUCAGGAGUCACAGGCCCUCCGGGCCCCCCCGGUCCAAAUGGACUUCCUGGGCCCCCUGGUCCACCUGCCUCAGGACUCUAUCUAGUGGGGGAAAAGGGAGAAAAGGGCCUCCCUGGCCCAGCAGGUCGCUGUGACUGUGACACCACGCUUGGAUCCAAUAACGCUCCUUUCGGAAGCUACACACAACGGACUGGCGCCAAUAAAGUCCCUGCAAUAUUUGUGGUCAACAGUAAAGAGGAGAUGAGCCGUCUUCAUCUGGACAACGCAAUAGCGUUCAGAAAGGAUCAGAGGAUGCUGUACUUUAAAGAUAAAGACGGAUGGAAGCCCAUACAGCCCUUCCAGCCGUUCCAGUCUACAGAGAAAGUCCCGGACAGAGUGGGCGUGUGUGGGGACGGAAAGGUGCACGCCCAGCAUGGAGAGGAGUGUGAUGAUGGGAACCAGAUUGUGACUGACGCUUGCCUCAACUGCAAGUGGGCCUACUGUGGCGAUGGCUACCGUCACGAGGGCAUGGAGGAGUGCGAUGGGAAGGACUUUGGCUAUCAAACCUGCAAGUCCUAUCUUCCCGGAUCCUUUGGGCACCUCAGAUGCACCGACUCUUGCCUCAUUGAUUCCACUGGCUGCAAGUACUUCACCUGAUCUGAAAAAUGUGAUUUUUUGAAUUGGUUGCAUUGCAAUUUUGCAAUCCCUCUGUCUGAUCACGGGGAUUAUACUUCAGAUUUCUGAUGAAGUCUGACCCCUUAAAAAAAUGAUUGACUGAGAGAGAACUUGAGGGACACUCUUGUGCCUACUUGGAGCCAUGGAUGGUUAUGGGAGUCAGGUUUGAAUGGACUGUGUCCCCCCCUGGAGGUUUCACUCUUCAGAGAGCAGCUCCUUGCUACCGUUACACCAACGGCUACAGCACUGUUAAACAAAACAUGUAAUGAUUGUAACAUGUAAAAUAAUUACAAUGUGUAUGACUUGCUGACUGUUAAUGCAGAAAUAAGCUGUGCUCUGAACUUCUUUUGUAGUGAGAGAAAAAAAAAGAGAGCCUUUUUCCUAAGAGGCAAAUAUAUUAUUGAUACUAUAUGUACUGUAGUAUGCAAAUCAAGGGUUGUGCAAAUAGUAUGUAAAUAUUUCUGCACACUAUUAGAAAAAAUAUAUUUAUGAAGUGCAGUGCUGUCAUAUUGCAUGUAAAUGUGUUUCCGUUCACAGCAGACUGCUUUAACAGGUGCUGUAAAUAUGCUAGUCCAACUUUGGCCCUCUAAAAAUGAAUGUCCAAAUAAUCUGAAAGGAGGAAAAUGAAUGUCAUUCCACAACAACAACAACAACAACAACAACAAAGUUGUUUGAAUUUUACAGCAGCACUAAGAAACUACUUGGUUAUAUCAGGAUUACUCCUAAAUGAAUUCAGUAUUAUGUGAUUAUCUGAUAAUCAGCUUGCAUGACUGUAAAUUUCAUAAACUGCUGUACAAUAAUAAAGAUAAGGCCUACACUUAAAAGAGUCCUCAUCAAAUUGAUGCAGUUUAGGGUUGCCAGGUCGGCUUGAGAAAACCAUAGACUGUAUAUAAAGGUGAACAAUAUGUCUACCAAAAAUGAAUCUUAAAUAUUCUGGAGGACAGUUUUUGACGGAAGCUGCCAUCUUGUCAUCGCACUUUUGACAUCAUUUGAUGGCAGAUUCUGAUCAGUAGUGUUUUUGUGGAUUUGAGUUGCUGUACCGUAUGGAGGUCCCAUGUUAAAUGCGCUCAACCGAUUGCAAUGUUUGUAAUGUUUCACCCCCUUUUUAUGGCAUCACAUAACUUACUAA